AGCCUGCUGUCUCCGCCUUCAUUUGGGGCGGUAACCUCUCCAGAAGGAAGAUGGUGGGUUUGUGAGCUCGACUGCUGGUCUCUGAGCUCAGCUGUCGGUGCUUAUACAUCCGGGUUUCUUACACGGAGCUUUCCCCCUGAUCUCCGGGUGUGUGCCUGUGUCACGUAGAGCGGUGCAAGGGAAACUUGCUUUUCUUAUCCCGCCCGGUGCUUUGCCGUGUCCCUUCUCAUGUCGGAUAAUCAGAGCUGGAACUCCUCGGGUUCGGAGGAAGACCAGGAGCCUGAGUCCGGGCCGCCGGUUGAGCGAUGUGGAGUCCUGUCUAAGUGGACCAACUAUAUUCAUGGCUGGCAGGAUCGAUGGGUAGUCCUUAAAAACAACACAUUAAGCUACUACAAAUCCGAGGAUGAGACAGAGUAUGGUUGCAGGGGAUCCAUUUGCCUUAGCAAAGCUGUUAUCACGCCUCAUGAAUUCGAUGAGUGCCGUUUCGACAUCAGUGUUAAUGACAGUGUGUGGUAUCUCCGUGCCCAAGACCCAGAUCAUCGGCAAAGAUGGAUAGAUUCUAUUGAACAACACAAGUCUGAAUCUGGCUAUGGAUCUGAGUCCAGUUUACGGCGGCAUGGCUCAAUGGUGUCCCUUGUGUCUGGUGCAAGCGGUUACUCUGCCACAUCCACGUCAUCAUUUAAGAAAGGACACAGCCUGCGAGAGAAACUUGCAGAAAUGGAGACUUUCCGAGACAUCCUAUGCAGACAGGUUGACACGCUGCAGAAAUAUUUCGAUGUGUGUGCGGAUGCAGUCUCCAAAGAUGAGCUUGAAAGGGAUAAAGUAGUUGAAGACGACGAAGAUGAUUUUCUACAUAACCAUCCCAAUGGAGAUUGCAUUCAUAAAAGUAUUGGGAAUAAAGAAAAACUAUUCCAGCAUGUGACUCCAAAGGGCAUCAAUGGCAUUGACUUUAAAGGAGAAGCCAUUACAUUUAAAGCUACCACCGCGGGGAUAUUGUCUACUCUGUCGCAUUGCAUUGAUCUCAUGGUAAAGAGAGAAGACAGCUGGCAGAAACGACUUGAUAAGGAAGUUGAGAAGAGAAGGCGAGUAGAGGAAGCCUAUAAAAGUGCAAUGACUGAACUCAAAAAGAAAUCCCAUUUCGGUGGACCAGAUUAUGAGGAAGGUCCCAACAGCCUCAUCAAUGAAGAAGAAUUCUUUGAUGCAGUUGAAGCUGCUUUGGACAGGCAAGACAAAAUUGAACAGUCUCAGAGUGAAAAGGGCAGAUCCCAUUGGCCAUCCUCUCUUCCUUCAAGUGAAGCAUACACAGCUGUGGGCAGUCACAGAUUUGUCCAAGCACCCCCUAGUUGUCCUCCUCCCACUGAUCUAGUCAGUUCCUCAGAUGAACACAGAUUCAGGAUUCAGGUCGAAGAAAUGGUACAGAAUCACAUGACUUAUUCUCUGCAAGAUGUUGGGGGUGAUGCCAACUGGCAGCUGGUUGUUGAAGAAGGGGAAAUGAAGGUUUAUAGGAGAGAAGUGGAAGAAAAUGGAAUCGUCUUGGAUCCCCUAAAGGCCACGCAUUCUGUGAAAGGGGUGACUGGCCAUGAGGUCUGCCAGCACUUCUGGAACGUUGAUGUGCGCAAUGACUGGGAAACAACCAUUGAAAAUUUCCGCGUUGUUGAAAAGUUAUCUACAAAUGCAAUCAUCGUAUACCAAACGCACAAGAGAGUGUGGCCUGCUUCCCAGCGGGAUGUUUUGUAUUUAUCUGCUAUUCGAAUGGUACCAGCUGCCAGCGAGAAUGAAAUGGACACUUGGAUCGUCUGCAACUUCUCAGUUGACCAUGACGAUGCCCCUCUAAACCGAUGUGUUCGUGCCAAAAUAAAUAUCGCAUUGAUCUGUCAGACUCUGGUCAGCCCACCAGAAGGAAAUAAAGAGAUAAGCAGAGACAACAUUCAGUGCAAGAUAACAUAUGUUGCUAAUGUUAAUCCGGGAGGAUGGGCUCCUGCCUCUGUACUUCGGGCGGUAGCAAAGCGGGAAUAUCCUAAAUUUCUGAAACGCUUUACAUCAUAUGUGCAAGAGAAAACCGCUGGCAAGUCUAUUCUUUUCUAGCCGCUGCCUGUGAAAUGAAGGUGGUAUGAACAUUCCACACUGGAUGAGAGAGUAUCACACGACAUGGAAUCUACAGCCUUUACCAACUCUCUACAAUGAAAGCCCUUCCAUUUCAGUGGGAGUUUCAAUACCCUCUGCUACUGAGACAUUUAGUUUUAUCAUUGGAGGGUGGAGACUUACACAAGAGGGAACGUCAAACACUAGCUGUGGGGGUUUUUUUUUUAAUUUUCUAUUUUGUUUUUCUACUUUUAAACCCCUUGUCGCCGAACCUGUAUGUAAUUCUAACGUAAUGUGCGGCCGCAAGUCCCACUUUAGUUUUCCUCUGCUUCUUUGCUUUUAUGGCUCAUGGGAGAACAAGUGUCACAAAUACAAAUGGGUUGAGGGUUUGGUAAGUGAAACCUGUCGCCAUGCAGGUAUGUAAUAAGGAUGACUAAUAAAGCCAUAAUGUUUUUAGUUUUGCGCAUUUAAAGAGCAGGAUUCCCCCAAACGCACAUACACCAUGCUCUUUCUGCACAAAACUCGUCAGCCAUUUCAUGUUAAAAAACAAAACUGUUUAGCAGACAGUUUUGCUGUAAAAAAAAAAAAAGAAAAUAGUUUUUGGCUAUCUUCUCACUAGUCCUUUCCGUGGUUCUGUAAAACUUCUCAUUAAUAUCUGAGGGCUGUUCUAAUCUUUGACUAUGCCUUUCCUGGUGUCUCUCCUAUGAAGACGUGACGUCUGAAGGAGGAAAUCAUCAUCAACAACAACAAAAAAAUCUAAGAAAGCUUUAUUUUUUUCCAGAAAUCUAUAUAUUUCUAAUGUAUUUUUAGUUGUGUUAAUAAAGUGUUAAUAAUUCUU